UUUUCGCUAUCGCAGGACGAGCGCGCGCUGGCGUCCGUGUGGCUGCCCAAGCGGGCGUACCAGCUGGGCGACAUGGUCUCGGGAAAAGUCAAUCUGUACAGCGGCUCGAUCAACGUGUAUCACAUCAGUAUCUGGCUAGAGAGCGUCGAGGCCAUUGGCGGCCAGUUCGCCAGCUACGAGCCGGGCCAAACCGAGGCGCUGACCCGCAAGAUUUUUGCCGAACACCACGGGUUUUGUCGCGGAAACAGCACGCUGGGGUUCUCGCUUGCAACGUCGCCGUCGUCAGCCUCCAGCUUU